GCCCAGCUGAUUCGCUUGUCAACAAAUUUUGGGGGAAAACAAACACGCCGGCUUUGCUUAAAGCUCCUUCGCGCACACACACACACACACAUACGUAAGUGUAUUGGCAAUGGUCUACGUCGAUGUGGAAUACUGCGGCGUCUGCAAUUUUAAAGCACAAUGCCAAAUGCUGCGCGAGUUCUUGCUCGAGAAUGCGCCCGAGGUGGACGUGGUGUGCCAUCAGGGCCGACGGGGCUCGUUUGAAGUGAAAAUCGACGAGCAGUUGGUGCACUCGAAGCUCAAAUCUUUGGCGUUUCCCCAGCACGCCAGCGUUCUGGAGCAGGUGCAGCGGGCACAGCGUGGCGAGCCCAUCCAGCAGGUUCAGGAGGCUGCCAUCAAAGACUGCUGCGUUAUGUAACCCACACAAUAGAAAUUAGUUUAAUAGAAAGGCUAUGCAUCUAUGUA